UAGAACCCUAAUUGACAGUGCUGCUCGCAGUUCCCACCGUCUUCCCCAUUUCCCUCACCCCAGCAAGCCCUAAAGAUCAGAUCGCCUAGAAUAAUGAGGCAUUCAUGGCGUUUCCUUCUUCUCCGAUCCCGCCACCUUCGUUCGAACUCCCUCAGUCACUUCCCACACUUCCCGUCCGUACAAUCUGCUCCCAACCUCAGCUCAGUUCGCCAUGUCAGUUCGUUCUUUGCCAGCUCCCAGCUCACGAGCUUUGCGAACCCUUCAGCGGCGAGGGGUUAUACGUCCGAGGCGGCUAUUGAGCUCAAGGACUCGGAUCACAUGGCCCUUGUAGGUGACAUCUUCUCCAAAUUUGAGGACUUGAGUGAUAUCAGGAGAGAGAUUGAGCUGCACAAUGUUGCGAUUACCCAUGACUUGAUUCUGAAGGUUUUGAAGGGGCUCGAUGCGAGUCCUGAUGUUGCUAGGAAGUUUUUCGGUUGGGUUUCGGACAGCAAUGGUGAGCGUUUGAGCUCGAAGUCGUACAACUCGAUGCUUCGUAUUUUAGGUUUUAAUGGUUUUGAUCAGGAGUUUUGGGACUUGAUUGAGGUUAUGACAAGAAAAGGUUAUGGGGUGUCAAAGGGUGUGAGAGACAAAGUGUUGGAGAAAUUCGAGAAAGAAGGAAGGAAUAGCGACAUGGAGAAGCUGAGAGGGGUUUUUGCGUCUGGAUCGAUUGAUAAAUCGCUGGAAAAAAUGUGUGCUAGGAUUUGUAGGAUUGUGCAGAAUGAGGCGUGGAGUGAGGAAGUUGAGGGGAAACUGCGGGAAUUGAAUUUUGAGUUUUCAAGCGAUUCAGUGAUCAUGAUGCUGGAGAAUCUUGCCGCCGAGCCUUCCAAAGCUUUCAUAUUUUUCAAGUGGCUCGAGGAGAGUGGUUGCAUUGAGCACGAUAAAAGAACGUUCAAUGCUGUGGCUAGGGUGCUGGGAAGAGAGGAUUCUGUUGAUAAAUUCUGGAAGGUUGUUGAUGAAAUGAGGGCUGCUGGUUAUGAAUUGGAAAAGGAUACCUAUACCAUAGUAUUGAAGCGCUUCCUGGACCGGAAAAUGAUCAAGGAAUCAGUAAAUUUGUAUGAGUUUGCGAUGGGAGGUUCUGAUAAGCCCUCUGCGCAGGAUUGCACCUUUCUGUUGAAGAAAAUAGCUGUGAGCAAGUCUUUCGAUUUAGCCCUGUUCUCAAGGGUUGUGAAUGCUUUCUAUGAGGGUGGAGAUGGAGGUGUCUUGACGGAUACUAUGCUCAGUGCGGUUGUGAAGUCUCUAGCCAGCGUCAGUAGGCUUGGGAAGUGCAAUAAGGUGUUGAAAGCGAUGAAGGAAAAUGGUUAUGUUCCUAGUAGCAGCAUGCAGAGUAAGAUAGCCUUCCAGCUUAGUAGUUCUGGUCGAAAGAAACAAGCAGACGAUUUAAUAAAGGUGUCUGGAAAUAACCCCGACCACCAGACAUGGAUGUCUCUGAUAGAAGGGCACUGUGUGGCUGGGGACCUUGAGAAGGCAUCGGAGUAUUUCAAGGAGAUGGUAAAGAAAGAAGAGGGCGCCUCUGUUACUAAUGCUUUUGAAUCGUUGGUAAGCUACUAUUGCCGCAGGAACAGGGCCAUUGAUGCUAGCAAACUUAUGCAUGAUUGCAUCUCUGGGGACAACUUGAAGCCUCGGCAUUCUACUUACAAGCUCCUCAUUAGCAAGUUACUGGUCCAAGGGGGGUUUAAAGAUGCAUUGGGCCUUCUAAGCGUGAUGAAGAGUCAUGGAUUCCCACCCUUCCUGGAUCCUUUUGUUGAGUACAUUUCCAAGAGUGGAACAGGUGGAGAUGCUGUUGCCUUUUCGAAAGCAGUGACAUCUAAGAGAUUCCCAUCUGCAUCAGUUUACAUCCGACUGUUUGAGGCCUUUUUCGAGGCUAGGAGGCGCAAGGAAGCCCAGGAGUUUCUUUCUAAAUGUCCCAAACACAUACGGGACCAUGCAGAUGUUUUGAAUCUCUUCUGCCCCAAGUCGAAAGGCAGAGUUGCUGUAUCUUCGUAGGGUUUGUUAGGACCUUUGUAUUAUUGAGGUCUAGUUAGAAUGUCUUGCUCAAGAUUUUUGGUGCCAAACUUAUAUGAUGCUUUUGCAUGCUUUAUUUUCCGGGCAAUGCUGUAUUCCUUGCUUCACAUUUGUUUGCCCUCAGAAAAAUGGCGAAUUUUUAUCUUCAUUGAAAUAAGCCGGAGGGACUCAAGGACUCCACUUAUUCCCA